CACCCCUUCAGGACCCCCCAAAUUUGGGAGAACCCCCCCAAAAUUUGGGGGGGGGGACCCUGAGGUUGGAAGAGCUGGGCCUGGGGGGCUUCACCCCCGUGGGGCUCCUGCAGAACCUUCUGGAAAGUCUCCACCUCGACCUGGGGCUGCCCUGGUGGGGGGCCAUCGCUGCAGGCACGGUUGGGGUGCGGCUGCUGCUGCUGCCGCUGGUGCUGCGAGGCCAACGCGAGGCCGCCCGGCUGGCCCAGCACCUCCCCCACCUGCAGAAACUCAGCCAGCGAUUGGCUGAGGCCAGGAGGGGGCAGGACCAGCACCAGGUGGCCCGGGCGUACACGGAGCUGGUGUCGUAUCAGCAGCGUCACAAGGUCAACCCCCUGCGGGGAUUCCUCGUCCCAUUGGUCCAGACCCCCGUUUUCGUCUCUUUUUUCCUGGCCCUGCAGGGUUUGGCGGCGGCUCCGGGGUUGGAGCUGGGUGGGAUUUUUUGGGUCCCCGAUUUGGGGCUCCCCGACCCCUUCUUUGUGCUGCCCCUCCUGGUGACGACCACCACCUGGCUGGUGCUCGAGCUCGGGGCCGAGACGGGCGUGGCCACCCCGGGGGGCGGGGCCAUCCGGCAGCUCCUCAGGCUCCUCCCCCUUUUCUUCCUGCCCUUCAUCCUCCACUUCCCGGCGGCGGUCUUCACCUAUUGGCUGACGUCGAACAGCUUCAGCCUAUUGCAGACCGGCUUGCUGCGAGUGCCCGCCCUCCGGGCCCGCCUGGGCGUGGCUUCCCUGCCCCAGGCCACGCCCACGGCCACGCCCACCCCCAAAGGGAGCUUCUGGCAGAGGCUCAAACGGGAGUGGGAAGAGGCCCAAGUGACCCAACAGGCCGAGCAGCGACAGCGACGCCUUCGGGACCACCUGAGUUUGGCAGCCAAAGGUCCCCUCCGGCCCACGUGGGCUCAGAACCCCCUGAAGGAGCCCCCGAGGGACCCCCGGCCCCAAAAACGCCCCUGGAAGGACACGCUGGGCUGAGGGGGGAGGGGAAAAUCCCAAUAAAUUAUCCUAAAAUAUUAAAAA